AUGAAUGAGAGGGAUAUUCCAAGUGUCCCUAUUACAACAUUAGCAGGUGUAGCCAGUUUGACAGACUUGCUACCAGUGCUACCACUUCCAACACCUUUACCAUCAACAUUAAACAAUAAAUCCCAAUUAUUUCACCCACGUGUUGCUGAAGAAGCAGCCAUAUUGCUUGCAACACGCGAUGAUAGUUUGGUGUCCUUAUUGUUGCAGUCACUUAUGCAAACAUCUGUACAACACAUUGACUUAAAGGAUGAAACCAUUCCAAACGCAGUUAGCCCUGCACCACAACAGGAAACACCAGAGCUACUAAAAGCAAUUCUCCAUGUCAAUCCAAAUAUAUUUGAUCAACGUAAUGAACAGAGAAACCAUUGGGGCAAUCAUUUACAUUCGGCAAAAUUUAAUGGGAUGUCACCAUCAUCAACCUUUAACUUUUCAUCACACAACACAGUGCACUCCAAUCCAUCCACCCAUGGCACUGCUGUUCAUUCAGGACCCAUUCCCAACCAACAGUUAUUAGCUCCACCCUGCCAGUCUUCACCCCAUGUGAAUAUAGGUUCCCCACCUUCGCAAGCACGACCAGGCCAUCAAGUAAAUAUCACAGCCCAAAACAAUAUCUCCCCUCCCUGGAAUGGUGCAAACCAAUCUAAUGUAUAUGCAAGCCCCCUUACAAAUACAUCUUGUAAUAACCCUCAAAAUGGUGGAUUUUACAAUAGUCUAAAAGACAAUAGAAAUUUUGAUACUAGUUUAAAUGAAGAUAAAGAUCCACUUUCCAUGUCACCAGGAAAUCUACAAGAUCCCCAAAGAAUUCAUAUGCAGACCCAGGAAAAAUCAUUUGAACAAGAUGGUAAUGUAGUAACAGGUCAAUCACCUGCUCAAGCGAGUGUUGCCCCAUCUCCCUUGCGUCAAGAACCGCAAGUACCUCAACCAUCAAUGGGUGCACCAUAUGCUUCACAACAACAAUCACAAAGUACUCAAGAUAAACUGGAAACAUCUACCAAAACUUCUAAUAUGGUUAAUAAUAGGUACCCUGUUGUAAAAAUUGGACGUCUUUCAGAAGUGAUUUUAAAAAAACAUGAUUUCUCAAAUGAUGAGAGAUCUCGAAAAAGCAGUGCAAUGGAAUCGGAUUCUGAUGACAAUCAGCCUCUUAAAACAAAAUCCACUGUCUCUACUCCUACGGUAGAUAAAGAGAGAGAAGCAAUAGAUAUUGCUAGGGAGAAAAACUGGGAAGCAGUGAAGAGAAAACAUGAAGAAGCUAGUAAAAAGGAGGAAGCUGAAGCUGCUAUUGUUCGACCAAAACUGCGAAAAGUUGAGAAACGGCUUGUUCCUGUGUUGGAAAUGCUUUCAGUUGAUGAACUUAUGGAGACCAACACCUAUCAGCGAUUUAGCAAGUUAAUUGAUGGUGUAUUUGAAACAAUUGAUGAUGAUAUUAUCAUAACAGAUGAAAUGGACGGUACAGAUAUUCCUGAAGAUUUGUUAUUGCCAAGGUAUCAACUUCAAGAAUUAUGUUCUGAAGCUGCUAAAUUAAAAAACCUUGGUGCUAUGGAAGCCAUUCCUGCUGAUCGAUUAGUUCGGUUACUGAGCAUUCUGGAAAAAAAUAUCAGGGCUGCUGAAAAAAUGUCCCUGUUAGGAGAUCCUGAAGAUAGUGAAGAAAUGAGACAAAUAUGGAUAGAAUCAGCACUAGAAAGAGUCAUGUGUGCAUCUGAUGCCUGCCUUACGUCUCUGUACAUAAUGACCUCACCUAGCAUGCCAAAACGGAUAUUCCUAGAAGAUGUUAUAGAUAGAAUUAUAUUAUUUAUAAAAUUUCAACUCAACAACACGAUUUAUUGUGUUUAUGAUCCAGUGUAUAGCAUUCAAUCGACAUACAAAAAGAAAGUUGAUGGUCGUAAACGGCGGGGAGGCGGGUCGGGUAACGCAACGCGUCGUAGCGCCAGUGGCAGCGGCUCUAACCGUGCGGUCCGUGAGCUGUACGCACACGCGCACGAGUGCGUUACGUUGCUCGCAGAACUGUUCGCAGCGCACCAUCUUACGGAUACAACUGUCUUACAUGCGUCAACAGUUGGUGUUUCACCGUUUUUUGUUGAAAACAUCAGCGAAUUACAACUGUCUGCCCUGAAACUUGUAACCACGAUAUUCUCAAAAUAUGAACAGCACCGACGACUUUUACUAGAGGAUAUUUUGGCUUCAAUAGCUCGUAUACCAAGUUCCAAGCACAAUUUGCGCUCAUUCCAACUGAGUUCAGAUCAGCAUAUACAAAUGUUGACCGCUCUGGUACUUCAGCUUGUGCAGUGUGUCGUCACUUUACCGGAGACAAUGUGUAAGACACAGGAUAAGGAACACAGUGAUACCGAUAGCAAAAAACAUGUUGACAAAGACCUUCUAAUAAUAUCCAAGUACGAGGCGGCAAUUAGUGUAGGUGGUACAUUUCUCACAUCAUUCCUAAAUAAAUGCCGAAGCCGUUCAGAAGAAGUUGACUUCAGGCCCCUGUUUGAAAAUUUCGUGCAUGACUUGCUCACCACUGUAAAUAAACCUGAGUGGCCUGCUACGGAAUUAUUGCUCAGCCUGCUUGGAACAAUGCUGGUGAAAUACAUGUCGGACAAGUCGAUGGAGAUGUCGGUGCGUGUAGCGUCGCUGGAGUACCUGGGGCUGGUGGCGGCGCGGCUGCGCAGAGACAGCGUACACUCGCGUGCCAAGCUCGCCACCAUGGACGCCGUGGUGCGCGACAUCCGCGCCGAGGAGGAGAAGGACUCCGGACACACCCAGACUGUAACAUCAGGACUUGAUGAGGACGAAGAAAGAACGGAAUUUUUGCAGCGAGUAUUACUUGACUAUUUAGCAAUCAAUGGGCAAAAGGACCAGGCAUGGAAUUGUGCGCGACAUUUUUACAUCACACAAUGGUACAGAGAUAUGGUUGUACAACCCAAAGCAUCACCUACAAAAAGGCCAAAAAACAAGUCAAAGAAACGCUACAAAGAUGAGACUAGUGAAGAGGAAUCAGAUCCAGAUGAUGAUAGCGACAGUGGUAUAAAAGAUUCAAAGUCAGACAAAAAACAUGUCUCAAGUGCUGUUAUGUCGGCAGAGAAGUUCAAAACCCUAGAGCGGAGAAAACAGUUUUUCCUUGAAAAGAUCAGACCAUUUAGGUACCAGGGUGGAACUCAGGUCCAAGUAAUGCAGUCGUACAUCGACUAUAGUGGGGCGGAGUUGAUAUCACAGUAUCUCGCUUCAAAGAGGUCAUUCUCACAAAGUUUUGAUAGGUAUCUUCGGAAGAUUUUGGUGAUUCUUUGUGAGAAUACAAUAGCGAUUCGUACUAAAGCGAUGAAGUGUUUGACAAUGAUAGUGGAAGCCGAUCCAUCAGUGUUGGCCCGGCCUGAUAUGCAGAUAGGAGUAAACCGCUCAUUCUUAGACCAAUCAACUGCAGUACGUGAGGCUGCCGUGGAUCUUGUCGGCAAGUUCGUCUUAAGCCGACCCGAUCUCAUCGACAAGUACUAUGGCAUGCUUUCAAACCGAAUAUUAGACACUGGUGUUUCGGUAAGGAAACGUGUGAUUAAAAUUCUCAAAGACAUUUGCAUUGAAUGUCCGGAGUUCCCGAAGAUACCGGAGAUAUGCGUGAAGAUGAUCAGACGGGUGAAUGACGAGGAAGGAAUCAGGAAACUGGUGAUGGAAGUGUUCCAGAACAUGUGGUUCAGCCCGUGCCCCAACACGUCGCGGCCGGGCGCGCUCGACAUGACGGCGGCCGCGGCCGACCCGCUGACGCGCAAGGUGCUCAACAUCACCGACGUCGUUAUAUCCUCCAGGGAUAUGGGCCUAGAAUGGUUUCAUCAGCUCUUGACCAGCCUAUUCAAGCCUAAGGAGGACAAAGAGGAUUCAACAAAAAUUAUUUAUCAGCCGCCCAAAUCACUUUUAGUUGCGUGUCAACAAAUCGUCGAUUGCCUUAUAGAAAAUUUACUACAGUUGGAAGAAACCAGUGCUGAAGGUACUGGAUCUUCGCAGCGAAUCUUGGCGUGCCUUUCUACAUUGCAUUUAUUUGCAAAAAUUAGACCACAACUUCUAGUUAAUCAUGCAUUAACACUGCAACCGUACCUGAGCUUAAAAUGUCAGAAUCAAUACGAGCAACAGAUAAUGUCGACGGUGGCGUCCACCCUGGAGCUGGUCGUUCCGCUGAUGGAGCACCCAAGCGAAGUGUUCUUAGCGCAGUUGGAGGAAGAUGCUGUGAAACUGAUCCUACAACGUGGUCAGCUAGUGAUCGCGGCCUGCAUUGCCUGUCUAGCAGCCAUUGUGAACAACCUUACGCACAACUAUAAGCUUAUAAGAGAUGUCUUUAAUAAAUAUCAUGGUGUACUCCUACAGUGGAAGAACAGUUGGCAGCGCAAUCCCGAGGUUACGCGGUCCUUGCCUUCUCGGCCGUACUUUCGACGGGCGUUAUUUAUUGUUGGGCUGUUAUUGCGAUAUUUUGAUUUUACGGACAACGUAGUUAUAGAAGGUCUUUCGAGCGAUAUAAAAGAGCAAGUGUUCAACACGUUGAUGUUCUUUGUGGGACUCGAUGACGAGGACUUUGUGUCGCACACACUGAAAGCACUAGGCUCUGUGUGCGUGCGACAUUACGAAUUCAUGUUGCGGCCCGAACUUAAAGAGUUUUAUCACCAACUGCUCACCUCACAUCUGGCUCCAAUAGAAAUGAAAGCUGAUGUCCUAAGGAAUAUCGAAAUGUAUUUACAGGAGGAAGAACAAAGGAUGAUUAGACAGGACAAAGAAUGGUCAAAACGAUCGAAGCAUGAAAAUUUGAAAGAAAUGGGUGACGUGUCAUCUGGUAUGGCAUCCACUGUGAUACAGUUAUACCUAAAAGAGAUAUUAGGGUCUUUUCUACAUACAAGUACAAUGGUACGCUCUAGCGCGAUGAAGGUUGUUCAGUUGGUAUUGGCGCAAGGACUUGUGCAUCCUGUACAGAUUGUACCAUAUUUGAUUUGUAUGAGCACUGAUGUUGAAGUUACUGUUUCCCACACUGCCGACAAGAAUCUUCAAGAAAUAGACAAAAAGUAUCCAGGUUUCAUCCAUAUGAAAGCGCAGCUUGGCAUUAAACUCUCCUAUCAAUUACAAAAGAUUUUACAAAACAAUUUAGAUAAGGGAAUUAUAAGAGGAUUUAGGAAAAAAGAUCAAGAUGAUCUCCCGACAUCCCUCAACGGUUUUUUAUAUUCGUUAUUAAGAAACACGAGGCCUCAGCGACGUGCUUUAGUAUUGUCACUACUGAAACAGUUCGACGAUGUGUCUACCGCGCCGUUAGAUCAAAUGUUGUACCUGGCUGAUAAUUUAAGUUACUUUCCAUAUCAAGUUCAAGAUGAACCACUUUUUAUAAUACACCACAUAGAUAUCAUCAUUUCCACAUCAGGGUCUAAUUUACUACAGCUAUUUCGAGAGGGGCUGGUGGGGGCUCGCACGGAGCAGGAGCAGGAGCGCGAGCCGCUGGACGAGGAGGAGGACGAGGAGGAGGCAGAGGCGCUGCUGGCGCGCCUGCCCAGCGCCACGCGCCCGCUGCGCGACGCAAUGCGCCAGGCGCGCGGCUGCCUGCUGCUGCUCGUGCUCAAGCAGCACCUCAAGCAGCUCUACGGCUUCACCGACGCCAAAAUCAAUCAGUAUUCACCAUCGGAGAGUGUAAAGAUAUACGAGAAGGCAGUUUCGCGAAGGCACGCGCCGGUGUUCGAGCCGAAGGCAACAAUAGCGCAGCUCAGCGACGGCAACGACGCGAACGGCGAAGAAGACGAGGAGCUGGACGACCAAGGUCGGCGGCGACUCGUCGAUGACUACCUCGAGUUUAAACAACUGAUGCUCAAGUUCGACCCCGAGGAGGAGGAGGACGAAGAGGCGGCGGCGGGCGGGCAGACUGCCGGUACGGGUGCGAGUGGGGGUGCGGGCGCGGGAGAGGGGAGCAGCGCGCGGCCCGCGCCCCCCGCGCCGCCGCCCGCCACCUAG